AUGUUUUUAAUCGAAACUCAAAUUGACGAUCGCUUUACUGAAGAUACGGGAGUUCAGACGGGCGGGAGCGUUCGUCAGUGCGACCGCGUGUCGUCUGGCCGGGUUGUAGUCCGCGAGCCGACGCGCCGGCGCCCGGAAUUGUGUCAGACGCGGCACCCGGAGCACCCCGGCGCCCCGGCCUUUCAUGAAUACACCUCGCUUCGCGCUUAA